UGCACACGGCCGCAGAAGAUUUGCGCACGGCCAUCAAUUUCAGCGGCAUUUGGGCCCAGUUAGAAAUAGGCCAGUUAGAAAUAGCACUCUAGGAAAGCCAAGUGGACUAAGGCAGACCUCCGGCAGACCUCCGCCCGGCGGUUGCUAUCGCUCCGGCGGCUAUGUACCUACAUAUGUAUGAAAGAACACGGCUAGUACCAUAAAACCGUACUCGAGGAAAAAAAAAGAAUGGAAGAAUGGAAAAGUUUCGACACCUCGUAUUACAGCAACAAUUUCAGGGGGAAGUUAAACAUAUAUAUAAAUUCUGCACUCAAAACGAUUGUUGAACCUUUGGCAUUAGUCAAUAAAUAAAAUUGCAAACCUAUGGGAAGAUCAGAGAUCAAGGAACGGUUUUAUCUCCUGAGAUAUAAAUCACAGAUAGAUAUGGGCAAUAGAUAAUAAGAUAUCGUUUGUUUUGCUUUAUUUUACUACGAUUUAAAUGCAUCUAUGUUGACUUACAUGGCUAUAUCUGGGUUGACUUUAAAUAAUUGUGGGCCACAAUCGUUGGUAUCGGCGCUACUGGUUGAUAACGCACCUUUCCCAUUUCUCAAAGAUAAGCACACUCGCCUAUCGCCGCGUCGGCGGGAUUAGGGUCGCUUUUCUUUAAAAAACCACUCGCGAGCAGUGGGUUUCAAACAGUCAACGCUCUGCUCUCAGCACCAAAGCAGGUCUACUUGUUAUCACUGUGCUUCCCCGAUCAGCAGUCGGAUUUUCCAGGUCUUUUGUUUAACACAGUCUGUUUCAAUAAACAACCCGAGAUGGAUCACGAUCACGACCACGGCUCGGAUGAUACUACCAGCACGGAGAAAUCCUGCCCCAUGAUCAUGGUGUUCCAUGCUGGCCACUGCGAACGGAUUUUGUGGCGCGGCUGGGUGGCAUCCACGGUGACGGAGUUCGUCCUUUCGGCCCUGGCCAUCUUCCUGGUGUCCUUCCUGUACGAGGCCCUCAAGUUCCUGCGCCAGCAACUGGCCCGCCAGGAAGCCCGGAAGGAGAGCGAACGACUGGCGGCGGAGCAGCGCAGGAAGAACGAGGUUCCGGCCGGAGGAUGCUGCUCGGAAACUCCUCUGUCGGAACCAAGGGAACAGACCUACUGGCAACGGCUGUUCGCCUCGUCGCACAUCUUCCAGUCCCUGCUGAACCUACUGCAGAUCGUCAUCUCCUACCUGCUCAUGCUGAUCUUCAUGACCUUCAGCUACUGGCUGUGCCUGGCCGUGAUCUUGGGCUUGGGCCUGGGUUACUUUGUCUUCGGGUGGAACAAAAAGAAUCCCGACGAGAGCGAGUGCUGUCCUUAGGUGAAGGAUAUCCCACCUGUUGUUAUGCAUAUCCAUCAGUUGCUAAGAACUGAAGCCCUUAUCAGUUUUGGCCCACACAUCGAACAGUCCCGUCCCCAAGUAAUUACACAGAUUGUCUAAAAAUACAAUUUUAUUCGAUAGUUACACUUGGUUUAAUUGUAAUUGAUGUAAUCGUAGCAUAAAUUAGUCAACUAGUUUACUUAAUGAGCAUAUUGUACAAAUAGUAGUGAUGAGAACAAGAACCUAUACAACACGUAUGCAGCUAAAUCGAUUAGCCUACCACUCAAUACUUUCCAUUUUGCAAUAAAGGAUUUACUUUAAACUAA